AUGAAGGGCGUUCCAUGCAAACUAUGCCUGAUUCAUCUCCUGGCUACCAACUACUGGGGUAUUGAUAACAGGGGAGACCUUAACCAGGAUUUCAAGAAUCUGAAAGACCUUAUCCAUGCGACAUGGAAGCCUGAAACACAGGGACAGCAGGAUGUGGCAGAGUACUGGCCGGAAUUUCAUAGGCAGAUGAAGGACCAGACGAUGUCUAUGCUGCAAAAGGACUUAGUCGAUCUCUUCCGGCUCCGCACUGUCAUUCGCAGAUCCUGUCAGGGUCGGCACGCUUGUGAGGGAGAGUGGAUACCUAACGAGCAUGAUAUGAUGCACCUUCCCUUCCCCGACCCAGAGGACGACGGCAAGGGACCAAAGUCCCGAUUGGCAGACGCUAUUUCAGAUUAUCUUUUUUCUGAGAAGCAGGUGCCUACUAAGUGCGACACAUGCCACAAUGACCGAAUUGACGCCGAAUAUUUUACUCAACCUCCCGAGUGCCUUAUAGUGCACCUCAAUCGAAUUAAGAUGGAUAAGAAAGGGGCACCCUGCAAGGUCACCGACGCAAUCGAGAUGUUACCUUAUUUCGAGCUCAGUGCUUCAUGCCUUGACCCACGUAGUAACGUUGAUAAGGAUUACCGCGUUCAGUAUGAGCUGGUUUCCGUGAUCAUGCAUCACGGUACGACUCCUGUUGAAGGCCAUUACUAUAUCUUUGCCAAAGGACCAGGCAACAAGUGGGCAAAUUUCGAUGAUCUGCAAGUCACUCGUUCCGAUAAAUUUGAUGACUGGUCGAAAAUGGCCCUCAACAAACGUCGCGCCUAUAUCUUUGGCUACCGUCGAAUAGACGUCAAGCCGGGCACGGAGAAAAUCACCUACAGGGAAACCUCGUCAACCGAUGAACGAGUGGGGGCGAUUGAGAUUGAAAGGAUAAAUGAGGGCACCCAAACCAAAGGCAUUGAGGAAGUAAAGAAAGGGCACCAUUCCACAAUGAAACUGAAGUUUACCUCCGCUGAUGGACCCAUGGCUAUGGAAGCCAGUGUCACUACCAGCGAACCAAUGGCGGGGAUUGAAUUCCCGGAAAAGCAAGGUCUGUUGGAAUUGACCUGGGUUGACGAUGAUGAGAAUAUUAUCAAGGAUCUCAACAUACAGGGUGUGCUGAAGAAUGUCGUUGGCCGGAAAGCCAAAAAGAAGGCCGCGAAGGCUUCGAAAUUUAAGGAGGAAUUCGAUAUUGAAAAGCCCAAAUCAACCAAGUCUACCAAUUCAGCCGAGGCGGUCAAGUCUGUCAAGUCGGACCGUUCUGGCAGUGGAUCGAACAAGUCAACCAAGUCCAAGAAGAGUCUACCUAAGCCUGCUAAGGGUUCUAAACCCAUAGGUAUUGAGAAGAAACGAGGCCUUAAGGGCGCGUUGGAUGCAGCCAAAGGGAUGCUAUCACCCAAACGUGUAUUAGGACGUCAGAGGGAUGAUGGUAAGGGAGAGAAGAUGGAAAAGGAGAAGGAGAAAGCAAAGAGAAAGGUAGAGAAGAAGACAAAGAAGUGA